AUGGCACAGGGAUUACCAGUGUUCUCUAAUUUUGUUGUUAACGAGCCUGCUGUGGACAAUAGAUGGAAAAAAUGGUGUCACCGUCUAGAGAAUCUACUAAUUGGUUUGGACAUAACUAAUGAAAAGAGAAAGAGAGCCUUACUUCUAUAUUAUGCCAGGGAAGAAGUAAAUGUUAUUUUCGAUACACUAUCCGAGACAGGUGAUGAUUAUAAGACUGCUCUUUUGAAACUUACGGAAUACUUUGCACCGAAAAAAUGCACUGAGUACGAGGUGUACAAAUUUCGCCAAGCAAAACAAGAGUCAAGUGAGACAAUUGACACGUACCAUACAAGGCUACGACAGCUCUGUAAAAACUGUGAAUUUGCCGACAAAGACAAGGAAAUAAAAUCACAGAUUAUCCAAGGAUGUCAGUCAACAAGUUUACGUCGCAAAGCGCUGAAACAAGAUAUAACUUUGGAUGAAUUGAUUCAAGAAGCUCGUGCACUGGAAUUAUCUGACAAACAUGCUUCCGAAAUUGAACAUGGUACGGAUGAAAGUGCAAACAGGGUUACAAAAAGGAAAUUCACACCGAAGAAAAUUACUGCAAACAAACCAAAUGUUAAGCAAAAACAAAGAAAAUGUCGAAACUGUGGAUUUGAAAACCCUCACAAGACAAAAUGUCCAGCGCAUGGUAAAGAAUGUUUAUAUUGUCACAAGAAAGACCAUUUUGAAAGUGUGUGCCGUUCAAAAACAAUGAAAUCUAGGAAAACUAACAAUCUAAAUGAUUAUUCAUCGAGUGAUGACAGUGACCAAAGUGACAAUUAUGCAUUUGGACUAACUGUAAAUGCCAUGUCCAGGAGACCAUACGUAAGUGCUUCAGUUAAUGGACACAAUGUCAAGUUCCUAAUCGACACUGGUUCUUCAGUUAAUGUACUAGAUCAAGAGACGUACAACAAAAUGAAUCAGAAACCAAAGCCUCAAAAACAAAACAUGAAAGUAUUUGCAUAUGGCACUGAUUCUCAUAUCAAACUUCUGUGGAAAUUUGUGACUACCGUUGAAACAAAACAGAAGUACACUACAGCUGAAAUUUUGGUGACAGAAGGCAAAAGCGAUAAUCUGUUAUCGUAUCUCACAUCAGUAGAAUUACAAGUGAUUCCAGAAAUUCAAACACUGCAGCUUAGUAUGGUCGAUGAAAUUUGCAAAAACUACGAUUCAGUAUUUACUGGUAUUGGGAAAUACAAGGAUAAGCAGAUUGACCUAAUAAUCGAUCCGGAUGUACAGCCCGUGUCACAAUCGCAUAGACGAAUACCUUUCCAUCAACGGAAACAAGUCGAAAAGGAAUUGAAGCGUCUAGAAGACUUGGACAUUAUUGAAAAGGUAGAAGGAGCUACAGAUUGGGUUUCACCGAUAGUGGUAACAUCAAAACCAAAGUCAAAAACAAAUGAAAUUAGAUUAUGUGUUGAUAUGAGGUUGCCCAAUACAGCAAUCAAACGAACAAAACACAUCAUUCCUACGUUGGUUGAUAUGAUAGUUGAUUUGAAUGGAGCAAAAGUGUUUUCAAAACUAGAUUUAAAUCAAGGAUAUCAUCAGCUAGAACUCUCAGAACCAUCUCGAAAUGUGACGACAUUCACAACACAUGUUGGAAUCAGGCGAUACAAACGUCUAAGUUUUGGAAUAAAUAGAGCUGCUGAAAUUUUCCAAAAUACACUACGCACUGCGCUAGAAGGACUUGAUGGCGUAAGAAACAUUAGCGAUGACAUCAUCGUGUAUGCGGAAAAUCAGGCACAACAUAACAAACGUUUAGAAGCUGUUUUGAAACGACUCAAAGAUAAAGGUUUUACGCUUAACAAAAGGAAAUGUGAGUUCAACAAGCGCAAGAUUGAAUUCUUUGGAUAUGUAUUUAGUGAAGAUGGAAUCUCUGCCGAUCGAAAGAAAUGUGAAGCUAUCAAAAAUGCUCAAGCUCCCAAAAAAUGUGUCAGAAGUACGUAG